AAUAUUUCCCCUUCAUUUUUUCUAUAUAUUAAAGUAAAUUUCCUCCCUCUUUUAGUUUCAACAUUUAGGUUUUCUUAUUUCACAGUGGCUCAACGGCGCAUCCUCUCCUCCUCAUUUUUUCUAUUUAAGUAAAUUUCCUUUCUAUUUUAGUUUCAACAUUUAGGGUUUGUCAUUUUACCGUGGCUCAGCGGCGCAUCUCCUCUCGACCAAAGGAUUGAAAUCUGGCUCAGCGGCGCAUCCUAUCGACCAAAGGAUUGAAAUCUGGCUCAGCGGCGCAGCGGCGCAUCUCCUCUCGACCAAAUGAUUGAAAUCGUAAAGGCCUUCUCUUCCUCUCUAAUCUCAUCUAGAUUGCCAUUUUAGUUUAUAAGGUCUCCUCUCGACCAAAGGAUUGAAAUCUGACUCAACAAUACAUCCUCUCUCGACAAAAGGCUUGAAACUGGCGGGAAAAGGUGAAUGGAGCGAAAUAUAAGAUGGAGAAUCGAACUCUUACCAACAAGAAAAAAUCCAGGAAGAGUAAACACUACAUAUGAGAAUGAGUUAUGAUUUCUCUACUGGAUCAUCUUCUUAUACGAGCAAUGGCUGGUGGUGCGUGGAAACUAAGUGCAUCCUGGAUCAUCUUGUUCGGGUGCUUGUUCGCAUAUUCUGUAGCCAACGAAGAAGCUUCCAAGUUGGGAACAGUUAUUGGAAUUGAUCUUGGAACAACUUACUCAUGUCUUGGUGUUUACAAGAAUGGUCAUGUUGAAAUUAUAGCAAAUGACCAAGGGAAUCGUAUCACCCCUUCAUGGGUUUCAUUCACAGAUGGUGAGAGGUUGAUUGGUGAGGCAGCAAAAAAUAUAGCCGCUGUUAACCCAGAACGGACCAUCUUUGAUGUCAAGAGGCUUAUCGGAAGAAAGUUUGAAGACAGAGAAGUUCAAAGGGACAUGAAACUUGUUCCGUACAAGAUUGUUAACACGGAUGGUAAACCAUACAUCCAAGUUAAGAUUAAAGACGGGGAGAACAAGGUCUUCAGUCCUGAGGAGAUCAGUGCCAUGAUUUUGACCAAGAUGAAGGAAACAGCUGAGGCUUUCCUUGGAAAGAAAAUCAAUGAUGCAGUUGUCACUGUUCCCGCUUACUUUAAUGAUGCCCAGAGGCAGGCCACUAAGGAUGCAGGUGUGAUCGCUGGACUAAAUGUGGCAAGAAUCAUUAAUGAACCGACUGCAGCAGCAAUUGCCUAUGGAUUAGAUAAGAAAGGUGGUGAAAAGAACAUCCUUGUCUUUGACCUUGGUGGUGGAACAUUUGAUGUUAGCAUCCUCACCAUCGAUAAUGGUGUUUUUGAAGUUCUUGCAACAAAUGGAGACACUCACCUGGGAGGAGAGGAUUUUGACCAGAGGAUUAUGGAGUACUUUAUUAUAUUGAUUAAGAAGAAGCAUGGGAAGGACAUCAGCAAGGACAACAGAGCUUUGGGUAAGCUUAGGAGAGAAGCUGAGCGUGCCAAGAGAUCUCUGAGCAGUCAGCACCAAGUUAGGGUAGAGAUCGAAUCUCUCUUUGAUGGUGUGGAUUUCUCUGAACCACUUACUCGGGCACGUUUUGAGGAGCUAAACAAUGAUUUAUUUAGAAAGACAAUGGGGCCUGUUAAGAAGGCUAUGGAGGACGCUGGGCUAGGGAAGAACCAGAUUGAUGAAAUUGUUCUUGUUGGUGGAAGUACCAGGAUUCCUAAAGUUCAACAGCUUUUGAAGGAUUAUUUUGACGGCAAGGAACCUAGCAAAGGAGUCAACCCUGACGAAGCAGUUGCUUAUGGUGCAGCUGUACAAGGAGGAAUUUUGAGUGGCGAGGGUGGUGAUGAAACUAAAAAUAUUCUUCUUCUGGAUGUGGCUCCACUCACUCUUGGUAUUGAAACUGUUGGCGGAGUGAUGACUAAGUUGAUCCCAAGAAACACCGUCAUUCCUACUAAAAAGUCUCAAGUCUUCACCACUUAUAAGGAUCAACAGACAACAGUGACAAUUCAGGUCUUUGAAGGUGAACGUAGUCUCACAAAGGACUGCAGACAGCUUGGAAAAUUUGAUUUAACUGGAGUAGCUCCAGCUCCAAGAGGAACUCCACAGAUCGAGGUGACAUUUGCAGUUGAUGCAAAUGGUAUUCUGGACGUCAAAGCUGAAGACAAAGCCUCUGGAAAAUCAGAGAAGAUUACAAUUACCAAUGAUAAAGGUCGCUUGAGUCAAGAAGAAAUUGAACGUAUGGUCAAGGAAGCAGAGGAGUUUGCAGAGGAGGAUAAGAAAGUAAAAGAAAUAAUUGACUCUAGAAACAGCCUGGAGACAUAUGUAUAUAACAUGAGGAACCAAAUCAAUGACCAGGAUAAGCUUGCAGACAAGCUAGACUCUGAUGAGAAAGAGAAGAUUGAAACGGUGACAAAAGAAGCACUUGAAUGGUUGGAUGACAACCAGAGUGGUGAGAAGGAGGAUUACGAUGAAAAACUUAAAGAAGUGGAAGCUGUGUGCAACCCAAUAAUCACUGCGGUAUAUCAGAGGUCUGGUGGAGCACCGGGAGGAGAAUCAGGCGCUGGUGACGAUGAUGACCAUGAUGAGCUGUGAACGAUUGCUAGUUUUUAGUUUACUUUACAAGUGAUAGGAUAUACGCAUGAUUGUCAGAUAUAUAUUUCUUGUUGACGGUGACAAUCAGAAAUAGAUUUAGAUUAGGCAUUGAUCAAUUUACAGUUCAAUCAAGUUCCAUUUGGAAGACAUGUAUGAUAGAAACAUUCAUCAAUAUAGAUUGGAACGAGUUUUGAAGUUAAACUUUGAAUGUGAGUAUUAAACUAUGAUGUUAGUUGAUGUAACUUUGUUACAAGCUAAACCUUUUAUGAAAGAGCCAAAUAAAUAGA